AUGGCAAUGAGAAGAGCAGUGCUUGACUGGGCUAAACGGUUCAAUAUUAUUCAAGGUGUUGCUAGAGGACUUGUUUAUCUCCACCGUGAUUCCUGUUUGAAGGUGUUGGAUGAGAAGAUGAGCCCAAAAUUUUCAGAUUUUGGAUUGGCACGUAUCUUUCAAGGGACACAACACUCAGUCAGAAGGAAUAAUAAUAAGUUAGUGGAUAAUGAAUUUCCUGAGCAGUGUGCGGCUUUAUGUCUCUGGAGUAUGCCUGCCAUGGGCGGGAUAUUUUCUGAAAAAUCUCAUGUAUAUAGCUUUGGGGUCUUGCUAUUGAGGAUUAUUGGUGGCAGGAAAAAUACCAGCUUCUAUUACCAUGACCAACAGCUCCUAUAUUUACUUCCUGAAGCUCAGUCUAUCCUCUACCACAGUAUGACAAUAUAUUUGCUCCGCAAAUGA